GGCUUGCUAAUAUCUCUGUUUUUUAUCACAAGUAAGACUUUAUUUCUUAUUCUUCCAUGACUUGGUGUUACGAGUGAGCAUCCGCAGUCACUUCUUCGAGUGUUUUAUUUUGGAAUUACACCCCUUGCGCUUGAUAACCAACUUGGCCGCUUCAUCAUAUUAUUGAUUCUGUCGUCUUCUUUUGCUAAUAUCUAAACGAGAAACUAAACCAGCGAAAACGAAACCAAGAUGCCGAAAAAAAGCAAAAAGGCUGAACGUCACACUACGCAACAAGCGGGGCUGUCCUACAACCUGGUCCCCUUUGGCGGACCUGGCGGGGAGAAGGUCGAUGGCGCGGCUCGCAAUGCCUCCGAGUUGGAGAAACGGAAGAAGGCCAAAGUAGGAAAGAAAAAGAGCUCGAACCCCGGCGAGAGCGAUGGAAAAAAAGAGGAGCGCGCCCGCGCCGAAGCCCCAGCCCGCGAAAGUAAACUCGGAAAAAAUUUACCACAAAUCGCAGCCGGGAACGAGAUCAAGGGCGAGUCAGCAGCAGCAUCUUUGCACUGCAGCAAAAAAAACACGAAGAAAGAGAACAUGAACACGAAACAGGAAGUGGAGAUGCCGAUAAAACCAGAUGAAAACAUGCAGGAGGAGCCAGGAGAUUUGAUAUCCGCGAAAGGUGUAGUUGUGCGGACAACCCCUGCUGGUGACGAAAAAAAAGAAAAGAAAAAGAGGAAGAGCUUGAC